CUUCAUCAUUUCCCCAACCUAAUUCUGCAACUAAUUCUCUUUUUCUCUUUCGUUUCUUAGCAAAUUUGUGUACUUGCGAUUAGGGGGUUAGGCAGCGCUUGCAAACGUUUUCAGAAGAAUUAUUGAAGAGGAGAUUAAUGGCAGAAAUCCUCCAACCCGCUCACUCCAAUAGGUUUCUAGUCUUACUAUCUAGCGCACCCUGUUCUUUCGAAAACCAGAUUCCGAUUCCGAUUCCAAUUUGGCUUUCGUGACAUCCAAUUUCACGCUUCCAAUCAGUAAUAUGCAUCAAUUCACCACUUGGUUUCGCUUGAUUCUUCUGUUUUUUCACAUUGGCCAAAAAUGUUGAUCUUCAACCCUCUGGCUUCUGGCCAGGUACAUGAUUUACUAUUACUCGAUUUAUGUAAAAUUGCAGCUAUCGACAAUUCUCGGAUUCGUGCCUAUCGCCGCUGCUUGGAUUUAUGCAGAGUAUUUGGAGCACAAGAAGUUUGGCACUCCGACGUCAAUUUGGUUGAAACCGGGGUUGAGGCUGUCAAAGAAGAUGGUUUUGUUAGAGGGUGGAGCUCUCCGAUCAGCUUCUCCUAAGUCUUCUUGCCCGUUAGCAUUUUUUAGCGAAAUAGAAAGGAGAAUGAAGAACCGUUUGCAGAAUUGGGGAAAAGAUGAGGUUUUUUUGAAAAAAAAAAAAACUGUAGGUCUCAUGAAAAAGUUUGUCAAGUUGGACACACAAAAAGGGGAAGUGUGUAAGGCGGUUUACGUCAUUAAAUCGGAAAGUAAAUCUACCAAUGAUACCAGCAGGGACCAACCGGUUCUUCCAGUUGCGUCAUCUUCAAUCACUGGCACUGCUGAAGGCACCAUAUCCACUCCCACUGUAAGCGAGGAACUGAAAGUUGCUUCUCAGCUUUAGAAAUUCUCCUAUAAUGAGCUCAAGUCAGCAACAAGGAACUUUAGACCCAAGAGUCAUCUUGGGGAGGGGGGCUUGGUUGUGCCUUCAAAGGUUGGAGUGGAUCAUUGAAAAUGGAACUGCUCCAAUGAAACCUGGCACAGGAUUGUGUGUUGCUAUCAAAACCCUCGACCGGGAUGGACUUCAGGGUCAUAAAGAAUGGCUUGUAAGGAAUGACUUCAUCUGUCUAGAUUUUUAAAUUUUGUGUAUACAUUUGAUUGAUUGAAGGAUAUUUUGUAACGUCUGGAUGUGCCAAGUAGAGUUAAUUACCUUGGUGAUCUUUGGCAUCCUAAUUUGGUCAAGUUGAUUGGCUAUUGCAUGAUAAAAGGCUCCUUGUCUAUGAGUUUAUGCCUUGAGGAAGCUCGGAGAAUCACCUAUUUUGAAGGUCUCAUCCGCUGCCCUGGUCCACCGGUGCUGCCAAGGGCCUUGCCUUUCUUCAUGAGGAAGCUGAAAAACCAGUAAUUUAUUGAGACUUGAAAACAUCUAAUAUCCUUUUGGAUGCGGAUUACAAUGCCAAGCUUUCUGAUUUUGGACUAGCUAAAGAUGGUCCAGAGUACAAAAUAACAGGGCAUCUGACAUCUAAGAGUGAUGUCUAUAGCUUCAGGGUGGUUCUUCUUGAGAUGUUGACAGGACGAAUGUCCAUGGACGAAAACCAACUAAAUGGGGAGCAUAACCUAGUGGAAUGGGUUUGGCCGUAUCUUGAAGAGAAACCAAGGUUGUACGGACUUAUAGAUCCUUGCCUUGAAGGACGCUUCUCAAUCAAAAGGGCACAGAAAGCAAUUCAAUUGGCUGCCCACUGUCUUGGCCAUGCUCCCAAAGUCAGACCUUUGAUGAGCGAAGUUGUUGAAGCACUAAAGAGUCUGCUGAAUCUCAAGGACAUGGCU